UUUAUUUGGUACUUGAUCAAUGGAAAGAGAAUUUUCGCUUCACAUGAACGGUGGCGAGGAAGAAAGAAGUUACGCGAACAACUCCUCAAUCCAAAGAGCAAUAAUGCUUAAAGCCAGAUUCAUGCUUGAAGAAGCCAUAAAGGGAAUAUAUUGUCAUUCUUCUCCAAAGUGCAUGAAAGUGGCAGAUUUAGGUUGUUCUGUGGGACCAAACACUCUUCUUGUAAUGUCAAAUAUUAUCGACAUUGUUCAUGCUACAUGUAUUCGUUUCAAUCAUGAACCACCAACAUUCCAAUUAUAUCUCAAUGAUUUAUUUGGAAACGAUUUCAACACCAUCUUCAAGUCACUUCCUGAUUUCUACACCAAAUUGGUGCAAGAUAAGGGUCACAAGUCUGGUUCAUGCUUUCUCAAUGCCACUCCUGGAUCCUUCUAUGGGAGACUCUUUCCUAGUAAUUCUAUAAACCUAUUUCAUUCUGCUAAUAGUGUGCACUGGCUCUCUCAGGAUCCAUUUUUGGGAUUGAGUAAGGAGGCACUUAACAAGGGAAACUGUCACAUACUUACUACAAGUCCUCCAUCAGUAUACACAACAUUCCUUAAGCAAUUCCAAAAAGACUUUGAAUUGUUUCUGAAAUCACGUUCGGAAGAACUUGUUCCUGGAGGAGCAAUGGUGUUAGUGUUACUUGUCAAAACUGAAACUCCUAGAAGAAGCCUUUGGGAAGCUGUUAGUAUAACACUUACUGACAUGUUCUUAGAGGUAAAUAAUUUUUUUUUUAUUAAUACUAGUGGUUGUCUCUUGGAAUUAAUAGCCUUUGAAAUAUAAGGCAUAUACACUACAGGGUUUGGUAGAAGAAGAAAAAAUAGACUCCUUUAACAUACCAACAUAUGAAGCAACAAUGGAGGAAAUAAGACACGUGAUUCGAGAAGAAGGUUCAUUUUUUAUUCAAGAAUCAGAGAUUGUCAUCGUGCCUUGGGAUGAGGGAAGAAAUGAAGAUGGUGAUGAGUUUUCUGUUGAUGAAAAUAUAAGAGCUGAAUUCAUAGCGAGCUACGCAAGAGCUGCAAUGGAACCUCUCUUAGCUGCAAAGUUUGGUACAAAAAUUAUGAAUGAAUUGUUCAUUAGGUUUCGAAAGAAAGUUGUCGAACUAAUGAAGGUGGAGAGAUUGGAAUAUGCUAAUUUGAUGAUAUCUCUUACGAAAAUUUGCUCAUAGAUGUAUUCGAAUAGUUCUUUUGUAGUUUAGUUUCGGUCUGGUGAAAUAAAGUUAAGGAUUAUGAAAUAGUAUGGGGAAUUGUUAAGGGUAAGUUGGUGUAGGACUAUGCUUGAGGCUUGUUCCAUGACAAUUUAAGGGUACCAAUAUAAGAACCGAAUUCAUAGCGAGGUACAUAAGAGCUAUAAUGGAACCUCUGUUAUCUCCUA